GUUCGGUCGACCCUGCCCUGACGUUUCACCUCUUAUUCCCGCUGGCGCCAUGGAACCCGACUUUGCGGAGUUGCAGGCGAUUUUGGCGGGCUUGCCCAUGCAUGCCAUCCCACGGGACCGAAGUUGUGGUGCUGAUAGCCUGUUGUGCCGCGGCCCCCGGAAGUUGGACGUGGACAUGGAGACGUGCCGACGCCGGGUGAAGGCCAACCUGAACCAGGCUGCCCGCGAGUAUUACUCGCACGAGCAGCUCCAGCGCCUGACGGUGGAGUUUGCCAGUCUAGACCUGGUCUGCUUCGUGGAUCACCAAGAGAAGCGGCUCUUCGCCGCCGUACGGGGGACCAACGUCUCCCUGAACCCGCUCACCGCCCCAGAUGACAUGACCAGCAAUAUGCAUAUCAUGCUGGGCUAUGACCCACCCAGAGCACAUGGUACUGUGAAGGAGUACUUGGCCGUGCGCCGGCGCUUCGAAAACUAUGUCCCCUUUGCCUGUGGCCAUUCGCUGGGUGGCGCGGUGGUUUUACACCUAGCGCGGGCCGUGGAGGACUCUCCAAAGACUGCCUUUGCCAGGGUCGAUGUUUUCAACACAGCCACCUCUCCUUUGUCUUUUCCGCCGGUGGUGCCGGAAAAGACACCGCUCCAUGUCCAUCUCGUGAAAGGGGAUUGGGCAUCUUUACCCUUGCAGGGCAGCAAUAGCGGCCUUGGGUGCCAGGUGCACGUGCGCCCUGCAAAAGCCUCAGUGAAGGACGUCCACUCGCUGCGGCACUUCUUGCCCAAGAAGGCGGAUGAAGAGGAGAGCUCUCCAACCACAAGUGCAGCCUCCAUGAGCCCGACCAUGCGACCAUUUGAAGAGGUGCCGGCACCUUUGGCACGUCAGCGGCCGGUAGCAGCAGCAUGGUGGGCCCUGCUGAGCAGCUGCGUGGGCGCCUAUCGCAAGAGCCCCGCGCAGCGGCCGAGUGCGGCCAGCGUCUCUUCCGCACCGUGCGGCGGGAGCGACUAUCCUGGUGAGGUUAAUCUUUAAAAA